GGGGCGCGGGGCCGGGGGCGCGGGGCCGGGCGGGGGGCGCCAUGCGGGUGCUGCGCUGGCUGGGGCGGCGGGCGGCGCUGGCCGGGGUGCCCACCUACAUCGAGCACUUCAGCAAGUUCUCGCCGUCGCCGCUCUCCAUGAAGCAGUUCCUGGACUUCGGCUCCAGCAAUGCCUGCGAGAAGACCUCCUUCGCCUUCCUGCGGCAGGAGCUGCCCGUGCGCCUCUCCAACAUCAUGAAGGAGAUCAACCUGCUGCCGGACCGCGUCCUGCGCACCCCCUCCGUCCAGCUGGUCCAGAGCUGGUACGUGCAGAGCCUGCUGGACAUCAUGGAGUUCCUCGACAGGGACCCCGAGGACCAGGCCACCCUGGGGCAGUUCACAAACGCCCUGGUCACCAUCCGGAACCGGCACAACGACGUGGUGCCCACCAUGGCGCAGGGCGUCAUCGAGUACAAGGAGGCCUACGGGGACGACCCCGUCUCCAACCAGAACAUCCAGUACUUCCUCGACCGCUUCUACCUGAGCCGCAUCUCCAUCCGCAUGCUCAUCAACCAGCACACACUGCUCUUUGACGGCAGCACCAACCCCGCGCACCCCAAGCACAUCGGGAGCAUCGACCCCCACUGCAGCGUGGCCAACGUGGUGAGAGACGCCUACAACAUGGCCAAGCUCCUGUGUGACAAGUACUACAUGUCCUCGCCUGACCUGGAGAUCGAGGAGGUGAACGCGAGCAACUCGGAGCAGCCCAUCAGCAUCGUUUACGUCCCCUCGCAUCUCUACCACAUGCUCUUCGAGCUCUUCAAGAACGCCAUGCGAGCCACCGUGGAGAGCCACGAGAACAGCCCGCGGCUGCCGGCCGUCAGGGUGAUGGUGGCUCUGGGCCAGGAGGACCUCUCCAUCAAGAUGAGUGACCGGGGCAUGGGUGUCCCCCUGCGGAAGAUCGAGCGUCUCUUCAGCUACAUGUACUCCACCGCUCCCACCCCGCAGCUGGGCACCGGGGGGGCCCCCCUGGCCGGCUUUGGCUACGGCUUGCCCAUCUCCCGCCUCUACGCCAAGUACUUCCAGGGGGACCUGCAGCUCUUCUCCAUGGAGGGCUUCGGCACCGACGCCGUCAUCUACCUAAAGGCCCUGUCCACGGACUCGGUGGAGCGAUUGCCCGUCUACAACAAGUCGGCGUGGCGGCACUACCAGCCCAGCCAGGAGGCGGGCGACUGGUGCGUCCCCAGCACCGAGCCCAAGAACACCUCCACCUACCGCGUCCCCUAGGGCCCCCCCGGGGGCUCGCUGCCCCCCAGGCCAUCGAUAGCCCCUGGGCCCCCCCCCAGGCGUCCCCCCUCACCCCGGCGGGGGGGUGGUUUAGCAUCCCGGUUCUGCCUCCUGCCGCCGCAGCCAUUGGGGCUCACGGUGUGAAAUGUGGGGUGGGGGGGUCCCAGUGGGGUGGGGGGUCCCAGCACAGCCCCCCCCUCCCCGCCUUGGUGGCGCUUAGGUACGUCGCUGGGGGGGGGGUAGAGCCCUCGUUGCCCCCCGUCCCUUGGCACCCGCACCAGGGGGGUGCACCUCGAGGGUACCCCGGGGCAGCGAGGGACGGGUCUUUUCCCAGUAUGACCAGUAGCACUUCCCUGCUCCUCCAGCCCUGACAGGGCGGGGGGACCGGGCCUCAGCCCCCCCCAGCUCCCUGCACCAUCCCUGGUAUUGCACUACUGAGCUGUUCACCCGCGUGUGCCCCCCCGCAGCCCCCUGGGGGGUUCCCCCCCCCCCGACCCCCCCGCUGUCAGUAAAUUGGAUGUUGACUGAG